AUGGCCUUCCAGCACCUGGACCGGUUCAGCACGGAACACCUCGAAGUGAUAUGGAUAUCUGUAUCAACAGCUAGCCGGUCCAAGAUUGUUAUCUGUGCACUCUACCGAUCAGGCUCCACAGCCGGGACAGACACCGAGCUGAUCGAAUACCUUGAUACCCACCUAGAUAAGGCCCGCAGCCACGGUGACUAUGUUAUCCUCGCAGGGGACUUCAAUGUCCACAAUGCAGCAUGGCUAGGGAGCACCAAGACUACCUCGGCAGGAGAAGCAGCCGAGGAACUCUGCUAUGUUCAUGGCCUGGAGCAACAUGUCAACAUCCCCACAUGUGGAGACAACACCCUGGACCUUGUGAUGUCUGACUUCAGUGAACCGGCUCAGGUGAAAUGCCAUGCCCCACUGGGGUCCUCUGACCACGCUGUCCUCACCAUGGACUUCCCUAUCUCUGCGUUCCGUGAACCAAAAACCACACGCACUGUCUGGCGGUACAACCAAGCAGACUGGAACCGCCUCUGUCACUUUUUCCUAGCCUAUGACUGGUCAACUGCCUUCACCACCAGCGCUGAUGAGUCGUGCGCUAACAUCACCGAAGUUAUCCUCCAGGGUAUGUCACGUUUCAUCCCAUCCCGGCAACUCACAUCCCGGCCGACGGAUCCAGCUUGGUGGACCCCUGAGUGCACGGAUGCCAUAAAAGCAAAAGAGAGGGCUUGGGCUACUGCCAGAUGGCAGAAGUCAACAGCAGCGCGACAGACAGCCUCAGCAGCCACUCUACGUUGUAAUGACUUCUUCCAGCAUGCCAAGGUGGCCCGCCUGGCUACCCUGUGCACUAAGCUCUCCAAAGCUAGCCUGAGUGACCGCUCGUGGUGGUCUACCAUCAAGCAAGCAGGUGGCAGCAGCAGAAACACGUUCAUCCCAACUCUCACGCCGCAGCCUGGUUUGGAAUGCGUAUCGAAUGCCGAAAAAGCUGAGUGUUUUGGGCAGUAUUUCGCCUCAAAGUGCAGCCUGGGCGCCGACGACUUCCCUGCCAACCAACCAGCGGCUGAUUUCCCCCACGUUGCUCAGCGCACGGCUGAAAAGCUCUCAACGGUUCGGUUCCGCCCUGCCACUGUCAAGAGAGAACUCCAGCGCCUACAGCAUGGUUAUGCCGACAUCCUGGAAGACAGCUAG